GAUUAGACGGCACGAAAAAGCGUAAACAACGAGUGGUCGGGUGAUAAACAUUUUGGGACGUUAUCUCGAAAUAAUUACGAAAGUUGCGCGUAAAACCCCGCCGUUAAACCUUUUCCGAAAAAAGGAAUAAUAAUUAUUGGAAUAAAUGAAUAACAUUAAUGUUUACUUAUAAUAACAAUGACGGUCGUCGAAUGAAAAUUGACGACGACGAUUGUAUUAUUAUGUACGAUGACGGUAGAAUAUUAUAAAAUGUGUAUAGUUUGUGAGCUGCUGGUUAUGUCGUACAACUCUUCCCGGAAACAGUGGAAAUGGUUGUGCGCGGUUUAUUGUUUUUGACGUCCGUUUUUGCACUUUCGUCUCUGGAUCGGCGCUGAUUAGAAGACUUUUUCCGCAAAUUUAAUAUCCAUUCGGAAUCCAACUCCUGUUGUUUUCACUAUUCACUUUCUGGUCCUUUCAGCGUGUACGGCCGAAAUAUGAACUUCGUCAUCGAUUUGAACAACAAGACAGCCGGCCGUGACAGAAUAGCGAGGUUUGUACAAUAUGGUUCAAAAACAACAUGGCAUUACAUGGAAAAAAAUGACUUUGAUGACAAAUCGAUUAAGAAAUUCAAACAACUUGAACAAUCCUUGGCAGCUUUUCGUAAAGUAUUGAGAUUUGGCCGCUUUAUCGAUUCAUUGCAUACUGCAUUGCGGACUGUUAAUCAUUCAGAUAAAACUAUUAGGUUUUGUGUGACAUUUUCAAAGAUAGCGCAUUCUUUGUAUUUGUUUUGUGACCAUUUUUUGUGGUUAAGUAAAAAUAACUUAAUACAAAUAAACGCAUCAAGAUGGGGUCAAACGGGCAAUAAGUAUUGGUUACUAUCUAUAGUUUUGAAUCUUGUCAGAGAUGCAGUGGAGUUGAAUAAUUUAUUUAAGUCAAUUCUGAAAAAAAAAAUUCUAAACACUUUAAAUAGAAAAGUAGCUCCUAAAGAUGUUUUCACUGGUGAAGCAGUUCAAUUUGUUCGUAGUCAUAAAGACUUGUUAAUCGAUACUGUAAAAAAUAGCUGUGAUGUAAUGUUACCAUUGACAAAUUUAGGAUUUAUUAGGUUAAGUCCAGGCACAAUAGGCGUAGUUGGUAUGAUAUCAUCAGUGCUCAGUUUAUACACAUUAAUAGACCAGAAAGCUAAGUUACCUUACACGUGAGUUAUUUGUUAUCAUUUAAAUUUACUUUUUGUUAAAUCAAUAAGUGUCAAAACAAGAAUUUAACUUAAAUUUGGAUAUAAUAUGUACCAACAAUUUUAUUUUUGCAAUAUUUUAUCAAAUCAAUUAUUUUUACUAAUUUAUUUGUAUAUUUUAUACUUGAAU